AUGGAGUAUGGAACGUCAAAUGAAAUCAAUGCCAUUGCAACACUGGUAUCAAAGGUUUUACCCGUUUUCUUUCCGUCGUUGUCCUAUGAAGAAGAAGGAUGUGAGCUAAUUCAUUACAAAGAUGCUCCCUUUGCUGCUGUGAGUCCAGAUGGCAGUGCCAGACAGACAGAUGAAAUGAAGAGACCACACGGGGAAAAACGUAUGCUAUUGAAAAAAAAGUCCCUUUCCAGAUUAGAAUCUUAUGACAGAAACUCCAACUUUGGCAGAGAUGAAUGUGACACUCGGACAAAGGAGUAUGAUAUGACCUUACCUGCAGUCAGUGGAUAUGUGGACAUUCAUUCUGAAAAGAAAUUGGCUCGUGUGGAUGAAGUGAAAACAAUUAAAGAGAGUCAGUCAGACAAAGAGAGACAGACAAAGAGAGGCAGACAGACAAAGAGAGACAGACAGACAAAGAGAGGCAGGCAGACAAAGAGAGGCAGGCAGACAAAGAGAGACAGACAAAGAGAGGCAGACAUAGAGAGGCAGAAAGACAAAGACAGGCAGACAGACAAAGACCGGCAGAAAGACAAAGACAGACAAAGAUUGGCAGGCAAAGAGAGACAGACAGACAAAGAGAGGCAAAGACAGACAGACAGACAAAGAGAGGUAGACAGACAAAGAGAGACAGACACACAAGAGAGACAGACAGACAAAGAGAGACAGACAUACAGACAAAGAGAGACAGGCACACAAAGAGAGAGAGAGAGACAGACAAAGAGAGACAGACAGACAAAGAGAGGCAGGCAGACAAAGAGAGACAGACAGACAAAGAGAGGCAGGCUGACAAAGAGAGACAGACAGACAAAGAAAGACAGACAAAGAGGGGUAGACAAAGACAGACAGACAGACAAAGAGAGACAGACAGACAAAGAGAGGCAGACAGACAAAGAGAGGCAGGCAGACAAAGAGAGGCAGACAGACAAAGAAAGGCAGGCAGACAAAGAGAGACAAAGAGAGGCAGGCAUACAAAUAGAGACAGGCAGACAAAGAGAGGCAGGCAGACAAAGAGAGGCAGGCAGACAAAGACACAGAGACAAAGAGAGACAGACAGAUAAAGAGAGGCAGGUAGACAAAGAGAGACAGACAGACAAAGAGAGGCAGACAGACAAAGAGAGGUGA